GUUCAACAACCGCCAUUAAGAGAGACGAAGAAGAGUGAAAGGGGCGGGGCGACGCGGCGGCAUAAGCAAGAUGGCGCCCUUCUCGGAGAGGAUGGCGCCGUUCUUGGUGCUGUGGCUGGCCAUGUGCCUCAGUGGGACGUGGGCUGUGGACAGAGGCAACUUUAAGACCUGUGACCAGAGUGCUUUCUGCAAGCGUCAGCGAGCCCUAAAGCCCGGCGAGUCCCCUUAUCGGGCCCUGCUGGAGACCUUGGAGCUGACAAACACCAGACUCACCCUGCAGCUCAUCAAUGACAACAACAAGGUGCGUCUGCUUCUUGAGCUCUACCGUCUCCAGGGAAACAUAACCAGGGUGAAAAUUAAUGAGCUGAAGCCGCUGAAACCUCGCUAUGAGGUCCCAGAUGUGCUCAUCAGGGAACCGCCUACAGAGCCCAUGUCUGUCUUGUCCCAAGAUGAGAAUGGGGUCGUCCUAUCAUUAGGGGCAGAGUCUCAGAGGGUAAUUGUCAGCGCCCAGCCUUUCCGCCUUGACAUCAUGGAGGGACGUGACGUGCUGAUGUCGCUGAACUCGCGUGGCCUUCUGGCCUUUGAGCACCUGAGGAUGCGCAAGGACACUUUCUCCUAUAAAGUAACUAGCACAGUGGCUAGCGUGUGGGAUAAUAUCAAGAGGGUAUUCUCUAGUCAGGCGGACCAAGAUGCUGAGAACAAAGAGGAGGCUGAGCCAGCGAAUCAGGCUGAGACAAAAAAAGAAGAGGAAGAGAAAGUAGAAGAGGGGAUGUGGGAAGAAACAUUUAAAUCUCACUCAGACAGCAAACCGAAUGGUCCAUCUGCUAUUAGCUUAGACUUUUCAUUACCGGGGGUGGAACAUGUCUAUGGCAUCCCAGAACAUGCCGAUACCCUAAAACUCAAAACAACUGAUAAUGGUGAUCCAUAUCGGCUCUAUAACCUGGACGUCUUUCAAUAUGAGUUGUAUAAUCCAAUGGCCUUGUAUGGGGCUGUCCCAGUUAUGUUGGCGCACAACGCCCACCGGACUACAGGUAUCUUCUGGCUCAAUGCUGCAGAAACCUGGGUAGAUAUAAGCUCCAACACAGCUGGAAAGACUGUGUUUGGGAAGAUGCUGGAUUAUGUUCAAGGCUCUAGUGAGACACCACAGACGGAUGUCCGUUGGAUCUCCGAAAGUGGCAUAAUUGAUGUCUUUAUUAUGCUGGGGCCAACUCCCAAAGAUGUUUUCUCUCAGUAUGCCUCUCUAACAGGCACCCAGGCAUUCCCUCCUUUGUCUUCCCUGGCUUAUCACCAGUGCCGCUGGAAUUACAAUGACCAGGAAGAUGUGCGCUCUGUGGAUGCAGGCUUCGAUGAGCAUGACAUCCCCUAUGACUUCAUCUGGUUGGAUAUCGAGCAUACAGAUGGGAAACGCUAUUUUACUUGGGAUCCACACAAGUUUGCAACACCGAAGGAAAUGCUGCAGGGUCUCCUGGACAAGAAACGUAAGAUGGUAGCCAUUGUCGACCCUCACAUCAAAGUAGACAGCAACUAUAAGAUCCAUAAUGAAAUUCGUUCUCGGGGUUACUAUAUCAAGAACAAAGAUAGUGGAGACUACGAGGGCUGGUGCUGGCCUGGUAGUGCCGGUUAUCCAGACUUCACCCGAGCUGACAUGAGGACCUGGUGGGCCAGCAUGUUUGCCUAUGAUCAGUAUGAGGGCUCCAUGGAGAACUUGUAUACAUGGAAUGACAUGAAUGAACCAUCAGUCUUCAAUGGGCCAGAGGUCACCAUGCACAAGGAUGCAAUGCAUGGAGCCUGGGAGCACCGCGAUGUACACAACCUGUACGGGCUUUAUGUGCAAAUGGCCACAGCAGAGGGUUUGAUCCAGAGGUCAGGAGGAGUUGAGCGGCCGUUUGUCCUAACCAGGGCUUUCUUUGCAGGGUCACAGCGCUAUGGUGCUGUGUGGACCGGAGAUAAUGCUGCUGAGUGGGACCAUUUGAAGAUCUCUAUCCCCAUGUGUUUGAGUCUGGGGCUAGUUGGAAUCUCCUUCUGUGGUGCUGAUGUUGGAGGCUUCUUCAAAUCACCGAGCUCUGAGCUGCUGGUGCGUUGGUACCAGACCGGGGCUUACCAGCCAUUCUUUAGGGCCCAUGCCCAUCUGGACACACCCCGGCGUGAGCCAUGGCUGUUUGGUCCAGAAAACACAGCUCUGAUUCGUGAAGCUGUGCGUCAGCGCUACACCUUCUUGCCCUACUGGUACCAGCAGUUCAACCACGCUUAUCACACCGGAGAGCCUGUCAUGAGACCGCUGUGGGUGGAGUAUCCUCAGGAUCCUGCUACUUUUGCUCUGGAUGAUGAAUUCUUGAUUGGACGAGACCUGUUGGUGCACCCAGUUACUGAAGAGGGAGCUAGGGGAGUCACGGCUUACCUGCCUGGGAAAGACGAGGUCUGGUUUGACAUCCACACCUAUCAGAAACACAACGGCGCCCAGAACCUUUACAUCCCUGUCACCAUGAGCUCUAUCCCUGUGUUCCAGCGUGGUGGGUCCAUCAUCCCCAGAAAGAUGCGAGUCCGCAGGUCUUCCACAUGCAUGGAGCACGACCCCUACACUCUCUAUGUGGCUCUUAACACCCGGGGAACUGCAGAAGGUGAGCUGUACAUAGAUGAUGGCCACACCUUUAACUAUGAAAAGAAGGAAUUUAUCCGUAGGAGGCUGUCCUUCGCAAACAACGUCCUAUCCUCUACUAACCUUGCUGUUGAUGCCCAGUUUACUACCAACUCCUGGAUUGAACGUGUUAUCAUACUGGGAGCCAGAAAACCCAGCAAGGUUACCCUUAAGACUACUGAUGGUCAGGAUACCCAUGUAGAGUUCGAUUUUGAUGCCUCGAUGUCUGUCGUAACACUUCGUAAGCCUGGCAUGAAUGUUGGGGCAGACUGGACCGUGAUGCUUAAGUAACCAUGGAGACGAAAGAAGCAGGAAAAAAAAAUGCACAACUGGGCGGAAUGGGAGGAGAUGGAGAGAGUGGGAACAGACGCAAUGCCCAAAACUAACUACAGCAGUCAACAUCCAGAAACGCGUUAACACAGUUUUCAUUCACACAAACCCACACUCACGUUUACCCGUUCAGCCAAUCUGUCACCUCAAUGCAAUUUCUCUCUUGGGUUCAGCCAAACUGCAGUACUUUUUUUUUUUCUUUUCUUUCUAUGGUUACCACCAGGUAAUUCAAAUUUUUCAGAUGUGUAACUAAACCGUUGGAGGUAUGUCACUUUUUUCUUUUUUUUUUUUAAUUGGGGAUUAGAAGAAAGCAUUUAUUUUCAUUCACUCUUCUAUUUGGUUUUACAUUGCAUUUUUCAUGGUCCGCAUUCAAAUCACACGCUCUACCUGCUGCUAACUCCCCUCCCCAGACUCAAAACGGUCAUUGUCAUUCCUCUAUUAAUCCAACCUCUUAAAUCAACAAAAAAUUGGGAUUUUGUGCGUGCUGCAUUUUACAUCUAGGGAGGUCUCGCCAACGGUCUCCUAAAUGGUUUCACGCUUGGCUUUCAUCCAUUAUUCUGGAAUUUUCCUGAUCCCACAGAAUAGAGGUCUUUUAUUUUCUAGUCCUGGCCAGUCCUUGUGUAGUCAGUCACUGACUAUGCACACAAAGGAUUUAUAAUCUUUGUAUCACAUUUGGAUAUUAUGACAUUUUUCGGCUGCAACCCGGAGAGAAUAAUUUUAGCUGCUUUGAACAAACCUGGUGUUGGAAAUCACUUCAGGGGACUGAACCACUGUCCUACUGUGGAUCAUUCUGUUGAUGUGGUUUCCCAGUUUUAUCAAGACAUUUUCCCAUAUUGGUUUAAUAGUUUGUUUGUUUUUUUUUAUAAAAGAUUUGAUGAAAAUUAAGAGCUUCAUUUGGUUUAGAUUUUCAUUAGUUAAUAUUGGGACAGCCCAGAAUUUCCACUUUGUCAUUUGGACGUUAAUGAACGGAUGAAUUAAAAUCCUUGAGGUGUUCAACUUGGGAAAACAGCCACAACUGUCCUAAAAUAUAGAGGGUACAUAAAUACAAAUAAUUCACUCGAGUAGUCUGUGCUGUUUAGUAAAAUCAUCUGACUUAUUUUUAGGGUUUUGUUUAGUUUGUCUGUUUUUAAGAGAAUAAAUGAAAUUGUUGCUGCGUUUUUUGUUUUGUUUUUUUGUUGAUUGCUUGAAAUGAUGGAAAUGAAAGUAAAGUGUUGCACUUGAGUUGUCAGAUGCACUCUAACAAAUGAGACCAAGUGAAAAUAAAGCUGACCAAAUGUAAAAGAA